CUUAUUUCACGGACGUACUCAUCGUCACUGCGUUUGAAAUGGCAGUUACUCUUCACACAGAUUUAGGAGACAUCAAAAUUGAAUUAUUUUGUGAACGUGCACCGAAAUCGUGCGAGAACUUCCUCGCUCUGUGUGCCAGCGGCUUCUACAAAGGCUGCAUCUUCCACCGCAACAUUAAAGGCUUCAUGGUGCAAACUGGAGACCCAACAGGCACUGGCAAAGGAGGCACGAGUAUAUGGGGACGCAAGUUUGAAGAUGAGUUCAGCGAACAUUUAAAACACAAUGUUAGAGGAGUGGUCUCCAUGGCAAACAAUGGUCCUAACACAAACGGAUCUCAGUUUUUCUUUACUUAUGCCAAACAGCCACAUCUGGACAUGAAGUACACUGUGUUUGGAAAGAUCAUCGAUGGCUUAGAAUCGCUGGAUGAGUUGGAGAAACUUCCUGUGCACGAAAAGACGUUCCGACCAUUGACUGAAACUCGGAUUAAAGAUGUAACCAUUCAUGCCAACCCUUUUGCCGGAUAGAUUGAAGAUUUGACCAAAAAGCUUUCUGGACAUGGAAAACAUCUCUCAAGUGUAAAAAAAAACAAACAAACAAGGAGCUGUUUAGUUUAAAAAAAAAAAAAAAAAAAAAAAGCAGUAAAGUGGUGUUCUCCACAUUCAUUUUUAUUGAUCAUUUGAAAAUGCGUCAAUGUUUUGUAUUGAAUAAAAUGUUUGUCAUCAAUCUGCCUUUUUAAAAUUAAAUUACACUGUUUCAGUUCA